AUGUCUAAGCUUUUCAUUGGUGGCCUAGCAUGGCACACAGAGGAAGCUACUCUGCGUCAGAAGUUUGAGGAGUUCGGCCCUGUCGAAGAAGCUGUGGUGGUCAAGGACCGUGAUACCGGCCGCAGCCGUGGCUUUGGAUUUGUGCGAUACACCCAGGAGGGCGAUGCUCAGAAGGCCAUCGCAACCAUGAACAAUGUCGAGUUUGACGGACGAACCAUUCGAGUUGACAAGGCAUCCGACAAUGUCCCCCGAGGCGGCUUCGGCAGAGGAGGUGGGUACGGGCGAGGCUUUGGGGGGCCGGCUCCGUACGGAAUGGCUCCGCCUGGACACGGCUACCAAGUCCCUGCCCCGAACAUGUAUGCGCCUAUGCCUUAUGGCCGGGGAUACCCCCCUCCCCAGCAAGCCUACGGCGCUCCUCCCCAAGGAUUCAUGCCUCAGCAGCAGUUCGGGUACCCUGAUCCUUCUCAAAUGCCUCCCCAGCAACAACCCCCUCAGGGUGGAAGGGGAUAUUAG